UUCUCUGACCUAGUGUACGAUAAGGUAGCUUGAGAACAAAGAUGGCGUGUUCUGUUUCUUUAAUACUCGCCGUUGCUUAUGCCCAUAAAUUACCUGUCAUCCUAACUGUCAUUGUCUUCCAUUUUUUCCCUUUUUACAUUUUAGAGCUCUGAAGAAAAUUGUGAACAAGCAACAGAAUGACUGGGACGUCUUUUUGGAGGCUACUCUAUUUUCACUGAGGUCUAAGAUGCACACCACCACAAAGGUCUCACCAUUCCGAUUGAUGUACGGAAGAGAGGCUGUGUUCCCUUCGGAAGUCCCUCCUGAAUUGCCAGUUAUCGAUGCAUAUCUGUGCCACUUCUUGGAAAAUGUACAGACACCUGUACACCAGCUUUGUGCAGUGAUUGCAUCAUCAUUGUUUGCUGGGCAGUUCCUUAGUCUCAAAAAGAUGAAAUGGCCUGUUCAGGACAUUUGGUUGUGCCCCGUGAAUUUUCGAGCACAUUGGAUUCUUGUGAUUGUGAGAAUGUCCCAAAAAACCCUUCUGCUGAUUGACCCUUUUGGUAAUGAAGGCUAUUAUGAAAGGAAAGUUCUGCGGAACUGGAGAAAUUUUUUGAAGAUGAGAGGAUUUGAUGCCCAAAAAGGACAGUGGUGUGUACAGACCUUGCAACACCAAAAGCAGCUUGAUGGCAGCAGUUGUGGGGUUCUCAUAUUGCGGUUUGCUGUGGAUUACCUUUUGAGAGGGAACAUUUCUGAGGUGCAAACAACUGAGGAAGCUGUGAGGUCUGCACGACUUGAAAUAGCGUGUGAACUACUUGAAUGUAAAGGAAAUGCAGCAGACUACUGUGUGAUUUGUUCCAUGCUGGACUCAGAUCAAGAUCACAGCUUCAUUGAAAUGGUAAAAUUUUCACAUUAAACUUGAUAACUUUGGGCAUUUGAGGACAUAUUGUUAAGAUAUUGGAUUCGCUUUCAAUAUUUACAUCUUAUAACUCUAAUUACUUACUCUAAGAAAUGUAUGCACCAUUGAACACCUUUUA